AUGUCCGACAAUGGCAAAUCAGCAACGGACAUCAUCACCUACGUCGGUAUUCCAUUGGCGGUCUUGGGAGUUCUGCCCAUCCUCUACAACACAUUCGCAACUCUCGCUUCUCUCUCACGCAUCAAGCGCAUGCUCCGGCGGAGUCGCCUCACUGCACUCACCCGCAGCGACGUCGUCAACCGCGUCAUCGAGAUUGACCUCCCGCGCUAUGCCGUGAUGCCACUGGACAGGUUCCAGAACAGAUCCGAGUACUGGACGCUCUCGCGACAUCCCAGCUCCAUUCCCGGCGGUAGCUGGACCACAUUCAACUGGAAGACGAAUACCAUCGGCAUGAAGACCCAGCGCGUUGAAUAUGCCGAUCAGGUCCGCCAGCCGCAGGUCGAGGUCGCGUUUACUGAGCUCGUUUCGUAUCUGUUGGAUCUGGGGGCUGUGCCGGAUCCUCAUGGCUGGAAGCUGUUGAGGUCAACGGGGCUUUGGGCGCCGGUGGGAUGUUCGCUGAUGAUGUCGCCUGAUGGGAGGGAAAAGGCUCUUAUGAUUGCGCCGCUGGACGACUCGGAUGGGCAUCUGUCUCUCGCUGUGGCUUGGUCUAGCUCAUGGAUUACCCGCGAUCACGCCCAUCUGCCGCCGUACUGGGUCCGUUUGCCCUCGCCAGCAGGCAAGCUAGGAGAAGCAGCGACUUCAUAUGGCAAUUCCAACCAGAAGAAGGGCGAGAAAAAGGUAUCAGAUACCGACGAAGACCAUGUUCAGAAUGGAGACUCCGGUGAAGCGGCGGCAAGCCACCACGAGGCAGACCAUAUUCAACGUCAGGUUGAUGCAAACGCCGAGAGCGACAUCACUUGUGAAAUCUCACUCUCUGGCCUUGAGACGGCAUUGGUUCAAGGUGAUCCUAACAACAGCACCGCUACCACGCUUGAGAGCCUUUACAUCGACCAUCUCCGCAUACAGUCCCGAAAGUCAAACGGCAUCUGGUUUGCCAGCGCCGCCACGGCAUACGGCACCUCUAGCCAGACCAUCCUCUGGAACUACAAAAUCCCGGACGACAUCCUGUCGUUUUCCAGAAAAGCUACUGUACCGUGCGGUGUCCUGGUGCUUCUGGGCAUGGUGGACGAGUCGGAGACGCCUGAAUGGGCGACCAAGCACCAUGACUAUGGUGCUUCACUUGAUCAGUUCUCAUCGAGACAGCGAGAGCAGCGUCUGGCCAUGGAAGCAGAGUCACGCAUGGCUCCUGCUCAGCGAGAGCAAGCCGUCAGGGAUAGAACCCGCAGAGAGAUGGAGCAGCGGAUGCAGGACAUGCGCGACAAGAUGAGGACGGAUCAACAGCGUCGUGAUCAGCGCGCCAUGGAAGCUCUCCAAAGCCCCAAAUGGGACACGAAGCUGGUCGCCAACUACAGUCUAACAUGGCUCAAAUCUCGAAAGCUCUGGGACGAGAGUCUGACCAUCAAAGAUAUUGUCGGUUUCAUGCUGCACCGCAUGGUUCGCGACGGAAAAUUCACCUCUACUCUCUGCAACAUGCUGGACACCUGGAAGGCGUGGGCUGACAUGGGAGGCAUGAGAACGACGGACUUCCAGAUGAUUCAGGAGAACCAGUCCGUUUUUGCUGAGGCUACCUUGUUGAUUGCGCUGAUUGAAGAUACCUCUGAUGCGCUGGAGGGAACGCUGGCGAUGGACUUGCAGGAGUGCUUGCGGAUUUGGCAGAAGGUGAGGCUUGGGUGA